CUAACUCCACCCACCCGGCCCCUGGGACAGCUUAAACUAACAAACUUAAUGUCUGGGCGCUCUUGUCGAGUAUCUCAGACUAUGUCAUUUGUAGAUGAUUGUGUGGAACCAGUUGGAUGAUUGGCUACAAUGCUGUUUUCUCAAAGAAAAAAACAGAAGGUGACGCUACUGUAUCUCUUCGUACUCUGCUCAGCACAGUAUUCAGCCCAUUCAGAGACUCGGCAGGUGAAUGGCAUCGUGGGAACGUUUCUCUCUUUUCCAGAAAGGGUGUUGAAGUCUGGCAAUUUACUUUAUGGAGACCUUGGCAAUAUUGCACAGGUGUACCCUGGUAAACAAAGUAAUACCAACCUUGUGAAGAGAUUUAAAAACCGCCUUCACUGGAACAAUGUUACUGGAUUCUUCACUUUGUCAGACCUACAAAUAGACGAUUCUGGGGUUUAUAAUGUGGAGAAGGCAGAUGAAGAUGAAGGGAAGACGACACAUACAUUUCAGCUUACUGUGUACUAUGUUCUGUCCAAACCUCAAGUGACGGUCCAUGAUAACAUCUCCUGUACAGUGGUGUGUUCUAUGGAGAACGGGAGAGAGGUGACCCUGUCCUGGUACAGAGGAGAGGACAUACUCAACCAGACCAGCAGCCCUGACCUCAACAUCACCCUCUCUCUACCUCUCAAGGUGGAUGAACAGAACAGAGACUCUUACAGAUGUGAGGCUGCCAACCCAGUCAGCAAGGAGUCUGCUGAUGUUCCAAAUUCUUGUAUAGAGAGUGAUCCCUCCAAGGUGACAGAUGGUGAUGAGAGGACUCGAGGUUCUCUUAUUAUUGCUGUAAUCAGCGUUUUGGUUGCUUCAGGACUUGUUGGACUUGCAAUCUAUCUUAAGAAGAGAAACAGACACUCACAUGCAGACUCACCUGAAAGAAAGCAAGAUGACAUUCAGUAUGCAGAGAUAACUCACAUUAAACCAGCAGGUAAACAGGAGGAGCGGACAGGUAUACAAGGACUGGAGUCGCUUACAGACAACCCUAACCUGACGUUAGUUUAUGAUACACUCCAGUUACAUCGCAUGGCUGCCAGCGAGGAUGUUAACACUGCAUGAAGGAGCAAAACAGGAAGGUUCUGAGAGGGAGACGUGAUAAUUCACAUCCAAGAGAAGGCGUUACAUCCUAAAGAGGACGUUAAGACAAAAUUAUAGUCAAUAUUCAUUUUAGAAAACUUAAUGGAGGCACAGUUGUUCCUGGAGAAAAUUCCCAUUUAACCAUUGUGCUGUUGUUAUGAUUUCAGACUUCCUUUGUUGGUCAUUCUCACAGUCUUUUGUUGAAUUGGGGCCUCGAUGAGAUUCACUGAUAAAGACAAAUUCAAUAGCUAUGCCUAGGGUUAUUAGUAGGGUGAUCCCUCUUUUCAAGUGCCCAUUGUCCCAAUUUAUAGGUUAAAACAAAUGGAACCUCUUUUAAUACAAUUCACUAGUGUGUUAUCUAUGCUAUUGCUGUGCCAAAGCUUAUUUCAGUACUGUCUGUUCUGUUGUUUACAUGUAGGUGGCUCCCCUGUAUCUUUUUAUAGUUGGUCAUUGUAUAGCUUGCCAGUGGAUAGCAGCUGUGUACAUAAAAAGCAGAUGUUUGGUGAGAUAAAGCCACCUACUCCUCAGCACAAUGGCUAUUAGGCUACGUUGGCCAUUACAUUUCUAUUUCAGAGUAGUUAUUGAGACUGAAUAUUAAGAUAAUAUAAUUCACAUUUCACUAUUCUAAAAUAAGCUUAUGACUUAUUCAAAGUGUUAAAGAUUUGUUUACUGAGCUUUUUUUUUACCUGAGCUUCAAUACAUUACGUCAGACUUACCUAUACAUUCCAUUUAAAAGUAUACAAUCUUUGAUAUUUCCUAAUGUUAAAUAGUCGUCAAUCCCCCAUACAUGCUUGAAAAAUAUACUUACCUUAUCACAACCCACAAUAUGAUUUAAUUUUACUCCAUUGUUUAUAUUUUUGUUGUCAUUAGAAUUUUUGGAAACAAAGAUUGUACUGCUACAACAUACCUGUGAAAAAAUGUCAGUCCUUGCGGCCAUAGCUACGUUUUAGAGUUUGAGAUUGGCAACGUUUCUCCAGAGACACACAACCUCUAGAUUCUGGUUUUAAUGUUUACCCUAGAUAGUUUGUGUGUAUGUAGUGAUAUGUAGGCUACGUGUGCCUUUUUUUAUUGAUGUAGUUCUGUCCUUGAGCUGUGCUCGUCUAUUAAUGUUCCGUAUUAUGUCAUAUUUUGUGUGGACCCCUGGAAGAGUAGCUGCUGCUUUUGCAACAGCUAAUUGGGAUCCUAAUAAAAUACCAAAUACCAAAUUUAGCCUACUUCUAGGGUCUAGGAGAGACCACUGUAAUUGUUGGGGUUUUUUCAAGUGUGUUUCUCUAUUUAUUGAGUUUAAGUGUAUUUGGGAUGUUUUGUCCUGUUACUUUUAAUGCCAGGCAGCUGUACAUUUCUAAUAUUAAAAGAAUGAUGACUAAUCCUAUUACAUUUCAAGUAUUGCUUUCAAGGAAACAAUGUGUUUUUCUUCUAAUGUAUUUUUCUCAUCUAGUGGUUGAAUGUUUUUAUAUUUCAGUAUACUGUACUGUACAUACUACACCAUGUUGUAGUCUGAGCCAGUGUACUGUAUAUUGUAAGUGUAACUUAAAUCAUGUGUCAGUAAAAUGUUCUCAAAUGGUUCCCUUUCUAUGCUUUUACAUUUGGACUGUGGUCAUGCAUUAUUGUGCCAAAUUAUUAUAUUUUCUACAAAAACAUGUCUUGUAAAUUAUGACAUGCCAAUGAUAUGUUUUAUCACAUUUUGGUCAGAAAACAUGAGUGCCUCAGUUAUCAUUCUGUGUAUUUAUGUGGUGUAUUUUUCUACAAAGGUCAGACUGCGUAAUGCUGUGACUCCAGUGUUUUGUUACAGGAAAUUAGAAACAUUACUGUAUAAAAAACAGAUUAGGUGUACACUCUUUCAGUCUGCAGCAGCAUGGACAAGGUAUUGAGUACCUUUACAUUUGAACUUUGAUUCCUGAUCUUUAGCAUUAUGGUCAGUGUGCAGAACUCCCUUUGGCUCCCCCUAAAACAGAUGUUUCUGCAGGACACACUGACAAUCCCUCCUUCCGGUGCAGAGGUGUCUGGUUGUUGAACUUUUUCACCAGAAACCAGCCUAUAUGUAUAACUAAUUAAAUGUAUAAAAUAUAUGUAGUGAACAAAGUGAAAACCAAAUUAAAUAGUGAAGAAUUGUGAAGAAUUGUGAAGAAUUUAUUAAUAUCAUCAAGGAACUCAGGGAACAGACAAGACAAGAUUCAGAUUGGAAGACAUUAUAUAGGCCUAAUGUAGAAGAGUUGGCAGAACAGUUGUCCUGCACUAAAAUGAAAACAUUUCAUCUUAAUAUUGAUUAACUGAAUGAAGAUACUGGGCAAAUCAUUUCCUUACCUGUAUGUAAAAAAUGUUUUACGAUAAAGUGGUCUGACUUAA